AUGCGUUUCCCCUCACUUACCCUCCCAGCUCUUUGUGCUGCGGCUGCGGUCCCCAAGUCCUGCGAAAACCCAACAAAGCGUAUUGAAUGGCGACAGCUCGAUCAGUUCGUCCGUCAGCAAUAUGUCGACGCUGUUCUGUGCCUCACGACAAAGCCUUCAAGGAUCGGUCUGAACUCGACACUCUACGACGAUUUCCCUUAUGUUCACUCUCAACUUGACAAGCAGAUCCACUCCGUUGCCUCUUUUCUGCCUUGGCACAGAUACUUUGUCAAUGUUUAUGAGGGUGCAUUGAAAGAAUGCGGCUAUGAAGGAGUCAUGCCAUACUGGGACUGGUCCCUCGAUAGCGAUGACGUGCCCAAGUCUGCCAUCUGGGACGCAAAGACUGGAUUCGGCGGAAAUGGUAGCCCCAACAGAACCGAGUCCAUCUACAACGGAAGGGAUGUCAGAAAGUGUCUCGAUGAUGGACCGUUCAAGGUUCUCCAUCCUGAAUUUCUCGGCAACAAGAGGGACCCUCAUUGCCUGUCUCGUAACUGGAACGACGGAAGUGAGAAUGUUGGAAACAUGUUGUCUGACGCUUACUCACCCGAGGUUAUCAAGAAGGUCCAAGCUGUCGAUAAGUACGAGGAGUAUCGCCAUACUCUUGAGGGUGGUCCUCACGGUGCUAUUCACAGCGCCAUUGGUGGCGACAUGACUCCCAACACUUCACCUGGUGAUCCCAUUUUCUUCCUUCACCACACCCAGAUUGAUCGCCUGUGGUCGCUCUGGCAGCAGGAGAACCCCAAGGUUCGUCUUGCUGACUUUGCCGGCGACAAGACCCAAGAUCAAUUCGCUGGAACCAAGCCGCCCCGAGCAUCUCUCGACGACGUUCUGCUUAUGAAGGGCUUGGCGGAUGAUCUCAAGGUCAAGGACUUGAUGACCACUGAGAGUUCACUGCUGUGCUACACCUACUAG